UACAAACUCUUCUGGUUCUGGCAUUUCAAAGAGAAGAGAAGAAUCUAUAAACUGUGUUCUUUUGAAACGAAGUCAGCUAAAUAGAGUAAAAUGCACUACUGGGUUCGAGCUUCUUCCUCCGACUUUGGAGGAACUCCUCCCCAACCUCGCAGCGGUCACACGGCCGUUAACAUCGGGAAAUCUAAAGUCGUGGUGUUUGGAGGCCUUGUAGACAAGAAAUUUCUCAGCGAUAUCGUAGUCUAUGAUAUUGAUAAUAAACUGUGGUUUCAGCCGGAGUGCACGGGUAAUGGUUCUGAUGGACAGGUGGGUCCCAGCCCACGAGCAUUUCACAUUGCUAUUGCAAUUGAUUGUCAUAUGUUUGUCUUUGGUGGACGGUGUGGAAAUAAAAGGUUGGGUGACUUCUGGGUUCUGGACACGGAUAUAUGGCAAUGGUCAGAACUAACCUCUUUUGGUGAUUUGCCUUCUCCACGAGAUUUUGCUGCUGCAUCAGCUAUUGGAAACCAUAAAAUAGUUAUGUAUGGUGGCUGGGAUGGUAAAAAGUGGUUGUCAGAUGUAUAUAUAUUGGACACAAUAUCACUUGAGUGGAUGGAGUUGCCUAUAUCUGGAUCGGUACCACCACCUAGAUGUGGUCAUACAGCUACGAUGCUUGAGAAGAGAUUGCUUGUGUAUGGUGGCAGAGGUGGUGGCGGACCAAUUAUGGGUGAUUUAUGGGCCUUAAAGGGGCUUAUCCAAGAAGAGAAUGAAACUCCUGGAUGGACACAAUUGAAGCUUCCUGGUCAAUCACCCUCUUCCCGCUGUGGCCAUACCAUUACAUCUGGAGGGCACCAUCUCUUGCUAUUUGGAGGACAUAGCACUGGUGGUUGGUUGAGUCGUUAUGACAUUUAUUAUAAUGACUCUGUUAUCUUGGACAGAGUAUCAGCACAGUGGAAGCGCUUACCUAUUGCUAAUGAACCACCUCCUCCUCGAGCAUAUCAUUCUAUGACACUUGUAGGCUCACGCUAUCUCUUAUUUGGAGGCUUUGAUGGGAAAUCAACAUUUGGGGAUAUAUGGUGGCUAGUUCCAGAAGAGGACCCAAUUGCAAAACGUUUUACUGAUUCUCAACCUGAAGUUCUUUCUGAAAAUAAGGAUGUUGCAAAGGAAAAUGAUAAUUCCCUAUCUGCUUUCAAGGAAAGCCACUAUGUUGGUUCUGCUGUUGCAGAACUGCAAAAAAGGUUAGAAGUCUCAGUUUCACUUUCAAGUCCUAGACUUCCAAUUGUGGAUGAGUCCGAAGAUAAAGAAUUCCUUGACCUAGCAUCCAGGUUAACUGGAGUAGUUUUCAGUAGUAAACAAUCACAAACUCAGGCAACUCAGGCGCUUCGUGAGCAUUGGAAGAAGUGUACACCAAAGUCAAUACCAAUCAAGGAGCUUAGUCCAUUGCUUCGAGAUUAUCAACGUCUAGUUACUCGUCACCAUUUUGCAAGUGGUGGACCUUAUUUGCAGUCCUCAGAGUCGGGUCUUCUUGGAAAAGAGGCUUAUACGUUUUAUCACCUAAAAAAUGCUUCUCAGUUGCGUAUUGUUGAUAUCCCAAAGCUUCUCGAGGAGUACAAAAAGCUUUUAUCUGACUGAAUGGUAGUCUGAGGGAGCUCCCUUUAUUGUAAUUGGCAUAAUGGAGUCCUUGAAUCUUACCUGUAUUAGUACUAUUAUCAGACAUUCUUCCUGAUAUGAUUCUGGAUGUCUGCUUGUUUGUGUAGCGUCCCAUGACAUGGCAUUAUUGAUCUAUCAGGUAUGAGUAUAGAAAUAGAUAUUUUGCAUAGGGCUUUUUAUGCCAUCAGUUGGAUAUACAUUUCACACUUACAUGUUUUGUUUAUAUCAUGCUUAAUGAAGUUCUCGACCUUAGGCCGAAGACUUUAGUAAA